AAGUCGGGGGGGGGGGGGGGGAAAGGAGAGCGGAGGAGGUGCUAGCAUAAUGCAAUGAGUUGGAGCUGGGUUGUUUUGAGGAGUUUAAAGUUGUUCAUUUCAGCUAACUCUAUUAUUGGCUGACCAUCAAAGCGUUGUGUUUACUUGGAACUACACAAAGUCGGAAGAAAUGUAGCGACUUUUUGUCCGCCUUUGUCGUUGCCUCACGAUGGAGGAACCUGCAACAAGAGAGUUGGAGAUGUCCCUGUCAGACGGUAACGUCACCUCGGACGACGAUAUGCCCGUAACGUUACCCACAGAUGGCAGCCUCAGUGGGAGCAUCCGAAAGGGAUGUGAUCCUUUCGCCCAAACCCAGCGCAGCAAACUGCAGCACCGGCGAGCUCGCAUCAACCAGCAAAUCAACAAGGAGAUGCGCAUGAGAGCCGGAGCAGAGAACCUAUUCAGGGCAACAACCAACAACAAGGUGAAGGAGACCGUGGCUCUGGAGCUCAGCUUUGUCAACUCCAACCUCCAGCUGCUCAAAGAGGAGCUGGAGGAGCUCAACAGCAACAUGGAGGUCUACCAGACAGACAGUGAGGCGAUCAACGUUCCCAUGAUCCCACUCGGAUUAAAAGAAACCAAAGAGGUGGACUUCACAGUUUCUAUCCAGGACUUCAUAUGUGAGCACUACGGGGAGGAGAGCUCUCUCUACGACAAGGAGCUCAAAGAGCUUAUGGAGCUCAGACAGGCCAUGCGUACACCCAGUCGUAACCAGGCCGGUCUGGAGCUACUGAUGGAGUACUACAACCAGCUAUACUUUCUGGACCAGCGCUUCUUCCCUCUCCACAGGAGCCUGGGUGUGCAAUUCCACUGGUACGACUCCCUGACAGGCGUCCCGUCGUGUCAGCGUACGCUGGCCUUUGAAAAAGGAAGUGUGCUGUUCAACAUCGGUGCCCUGUACACACAGAUUGGAGCACGGCAAGACCGCUCUGCAACAGCUGGCAUAGACCGAGCAAUAGAUGCCUUCCAGAGGGCUGCAGGUGCGUUUGAUUACCUGAAAGAGAAUUUCUCCAACGCUCCCAGUUUGGACAUGAGCGGCCCGUCGCUCUGCAUGCUGGUGCGUCUGAUGGUUUCCCAGGUGCAGGAGUGUGUGUUUGAGCGAGUCACACUCACCACUCGGGACACACACUUCACGUCGCAACUCUGCCGGGCGCAGGAGGCUGCGCGGGUGUCGGACGUCUAUUUGCUAGUGCAGCAGACCAUGACUCAGCCUCUGAUGAAGGACUACGUGCCGUUUUCCUGGGCCUCCAUGGUGCAAGUCAAAUCGGAACACUUCCGUGCCCUCUCGCACUACUACGCUGCCGUCGCACUCUGCGAUCACACGCUGUCUGCUGAGGAGGAGGAGUGCGAAGAGGAAGCAGAGAAGGCUUUCCUCCAGCUCUAUGUCAGCAGCCCUGCAGGACCACCACUCGGCCAGGUUUUACGAGACCCUGAAAAAAGAAGAAAGCUUGGUAAAGCUCACCUGCGGCGUGCCGUCAUCAGACACGAGGAAGCCAUGCGUGUCCACGGCCUGUGUAAGAUCCUGAGGAAGAUGGACAUCCUGCAGGACGUGCUGUCGCUCACACACAAACGCUCUCUGGACAAGUACUCGGAGCUGGACAGAGAGGACGACUUCGAUGAAACCGCAGAGGCCCCAGAGAUACAAUCUCAAACCCAUCAGAAACCUGACAUCACUCCAACCAACUUCUCUACAGUCCAAGCCACUGAUAUCUUCCAAAGACUGGGGCCUCUGUCAGUUUUUUGUGCCCGGGCUCGCUGGGGUCCGGUACGUGUGAUCGGCCUGCAGAGGAGAGAAGAUGGGAUGGGUCUCACGCUCAGAGGAGACUCACCCGUGCUGGUGGCUGGAGUGGUGCCUGCAGGCUGUGCAGCAGAGGCGGGGCUAAGGGAAGGAGACUACAUCGUAGCAGUGGACGGACAGGACUGUAAAUGGGCCAAACAUGGCGAGGUGGUUCAAAUGCUAAAGAGCUGUAGCGAGAGAGGAGUGGAGCUCAGUGUGGUCACAUUGCAGUCGCAUGAUACACAGCUGGAGAGGAGGGCCAUCUUGCUGUCCCACAGCAGCGAUAAGGAAAACACUCGGCAGCGGCUGCUGGGUGGAGGCGCUAAGGGCCAGAGCUCCGCCUCCUUGUUGAACUGGAACAGGAAGAAGGCGAGGGAAGGCGGUGGGGUCACGAAGAGGCUCGGAAGCACUUUCAGUUUGUCGUUUGGAAGCAUCCGAGACCCCGAGGCCAUGUACUGAGACGUGGCUGCAGAGGAACCACUCAGGGAAUCACAGCAGUGGAGCACGAGGUACGAUCAGGACCGCAUUCAGCUGAAACAUCCGCAGGAGCCAAAAACAAAAAAACAUAUAUAUAUCUUUUUAUUGCUACAGCACAGUCCAAUGUCUGUAGCAACUGUGUUGGCUCAGCACAUAUGUGGAAGCAAACAUAGCAUGUAGAGCACCUUCUAACAUUUUUUUAAAAGUACAUUUGACCUUGCAUGAGUGAAGGCCUUAUUAUUGCUGCCAUGGUCAUCUCAGAGUUGAACGAUCCCACGUCUGAGGAGUGCUCUGCGCUGCCUUGGAGACAGAACGCAAGGAUGGUUUUAGAUGCUGAGACCGGACUCAAUGCCAUGCGGUUGCUCCUGCAUGAUGGGGGGGAAAAAAAAAAGAAGAGUGCAGUGAUUUCACUGAUAAAAUGUGCGAUCCACAUCGGAUUUUGGACGCACAUCCAUCACCACUCUGAGUUCUCUGUGAUACAGGAAGCCACAGACGGUGGAGGAAUAAUGUUGAGAAUUACUGAAUUUCAUUGAAGAUUUUUCAGCAAACUACUGACACUAACAUAAAGAAAACCAGCUAGUGACUAGUAAAUGAGUAAAAUAACCCAGGGGAGCAAAUUAGGUUUGACACUUGAAAAGCAAACUUAGCAUUUAGGUCUUAACAACACACCCAGCUCCUUGACUUAAUUUUUUUUUUACAUUAACAUUACAAAUACAUAUGUGUUGAAAGGGUGAAGCAGAAUUAAAAAGUUCCAUAUUUCUUGUGUCUUAUAUUUUUCUUAAGAGGUCUCUGAGGUUACAGAAUACUGUAACAGUCCCGUUUAACCAUUUAGGAUCAGUUGAUACUGACAAAGUAUCACUGAUACCAUCCUAUGACUAUAAUGACUAUGAUACUGGAUGUUCUUGGAGUAAUGUUUGAGUUGUUUUAGUUGUCAUUUGUAGAUGAUUAAAAAGCACUUCAGAGGUUUUGAUCCAUUGUUUUGUAGUCUUGGUACUUUCAUGCACUGUGAAUAUUGAAAAGGACAAAUAAUGUAGUUCUGACUUGAUGUCUCAAUAAUGAACAUGUGAGAGGUUGGGAGUUUUUAAAAACAAAUGUAAUGUGAUGCCGGGAGACCCUGCAGGAAAAGCAUGCGCUGUCUAAAACGUUGCAUUUUUUUUGUUGUAUUGUCUUGUAUCGUUUCCUUAAUGGUUUCCGAGGACGGUCCAGCCACUGUACUGUAUGUUACAGUCAGCCAAUAUUAGAAAACAAUAGAUGAUGUUUGUGGUUUUUUUUCUUCUUUUAAAUACCAUUGUUUGAACGGUUUGUACAAAUCUGAUAUAACUAGAAAUGUGAGAAUUGUAGCACAUGACUGUUUGGUCCAGCAAAAGAAGAUGAAUGCGGUGUUGUUGUUUUUCGCCAUGGCACGUCUUUUUUGUCUUCUUUCUGUACAAUGUGUGUGCCACGGUGGUCCAUUGUGAUGAGUACAAAAAGCCGGAGGGAACAAACACGAGGAUUUCUCAUGUUUUGUCUUCACAUGAUCACAACAUAAUUGUUCUGUGAUGCAAUUAGUUUUCUACAUUCAUGAAAAGUUUAGCGAUUCCAAAAAGAUUGUAAAGGAGCAGGAUUUUUUUUUUUAUUCCCAUAGUCAAUAAAUCAUGUUUUGGAUGUAAAGGAAACAAGUUUGUCAUGUUGUGAUCACAAAGUAACUUACUCGUCAGCUUUUCUGUACUAUGUAUUUGUGCGAGUAAGUAAAUGUGUGUCGAGCCUGUUGUGAAGAGGAAUAUUUUUACCUUCCAUUUAUGUGUCGACUGAAUCUCUGACCAUCCCUUAAUGACUGCAUUUGGGGAUUUGCACAGUAUUUUUUUUCUCCAUGUAUGAAUACAAUAAAAGUGAAUGAGCUAUCA